AGCAGCCAUUGCAUGAUUUCUAAAUCUAGAUCUGGCCUAGUAUACAAAGGAAGACAUGUCUUGCUUUAAUGAUGAUGAGUGUUGUGACAUCAAGUUAUUAAAAGUGAAAUACCCAUUUAGAUGUACAAAUGUCAUUUUCCUGUCUUGAGGCUAUGAUUAUGCAUUUGUGCUGUAGUUUUUUCUUUCAAUUCCAACAAGUUUUGAAAUUAUGUUUUUUUUUUUUGAGAUAAUCUUUAAGGAAUCUAAUUGAUCGUCCAUAUCUUAUUAGGGAGGAUUGUUGCUAUGAUUCCUGUAUAUUUGGUUUGCAUGGCAUUUCUAUAUUGGAAGAUUUAGUGAUAGCUAUAGCAGAUGGGGUUGCAAGUGUAUAUCUGGAGUUUAUUUCUGUUGAUAGUGAUGUAUCGAGUAAAACCAAUAGCUUGGACAUGUCAUUAUGUGCUUUGUCCACCAGAGAACUCCAAAAAUUACGUAAUGAGGUGGCUUUGAACCAAUGGUUGUACCAUAACAUGGAUACGGUUGUGUCAAUGUAUGAGGAUCGAUUUGAUUUGUGCACACUUGGGAGUCAGCGCAUUGAUCUGCCAAAUAUUAGUCAGACUGAAACACAAAGUUGGUGGAGGAGGCUUAGCCAGCUAAAUUCAAAAACUGUGUCCCCUGAAUUACAGUACUUGGUGAUAAAUCAUUUUUCAAUGCCAGUAAAGCGGACUAAGGAAUUAAGAGCCUUGGCAGGAUGGCGAUAUUAUUUCAGCUUGUUCCUGGAGUUAUCUGACAUAUCAAUGCCUCUGAUUAGAGCAGUUAUUGACAAAAUGAGUUCUGCAAUCUCACUCUUUUUGGUUACUUUGAUAGGGAGGUCUCUAGGACUUAUUUAUACAGGCAUUAGGCAGUCCCUCAGAUGGAAAUGAGAGAUUACAAACAGGUGCAGUUUUGUGUGGUUCGGUAUAUUUCUUAUAAUCAUUAUAUUUGGCUUUCAUACACGAUGGGAUUAGCGAUAAAUUUUUGUAUAAAUUUUUGUAAAUUAAAAAUUUGCGUCUUUCUUUCUUGUUCAAGUGAGCCUUCCCUAGUUUAUAUGUUUUAUACAUCGGAAGGCUUUCUUUUUUUUGGACUUAUCUGAAGGCUUUUUUUAAUGGCCGUUAAUACAUAUACUGGUAUACCAUGGGUAGCUUCGGGAUCC